UCUCACCCCACAGAGGAGCACCUGAGCACAGUUGCCAGCGCCGCCCCCAACCGCUCUGUGGGCCCCCCUGGGAACGCCACGCAGGAUGAGUUCACCACCAUCGUCCUUCCUGUGCUCUACUUGGUCAUCUUCCUGGCAAGCAUCCUGCUGAACGGCCUGGCGGUGUGGAUUUUCUUCCACAUCAGAAACAAAACGAGCUUUAUAUUUUACCUCAAGAACAUUGUGGUCGCAGACCUUCUCAUGACGCUGACGUUCCCAUUCAAGAUAAUCCAGGACUCCCAGCUGGGACCGUGGCACUUCAACUCUUUCCUGUGCCGAUACACAACAGUUCUGUUCUACGCCAACAUGUACACCACCAUUGUCUUCCUCGGGCUCAUCAGCAUCGACCGCUACCUGAAGGUUGUGAAGCCCUUUGGGGACUCCAGGAUGUACAGCAUCACCUUCACUAAGGUGCUCUCCGCCUGUGUCUGGGUGGUGAUGGCCUUCCUCGCCCUGCCCAACCUCAUCCUCACCAACGGCUACCCCACGAGGAGGAACAUCGACGACUGCAUCAAGCUGAAGUCUCCCUUGGGAGUCAAGUGGCACACAGCCGUUAUUUACAUCAACACCUGCACCUUCAUGGUGGUGCUUAUAGUGCUCAUAGGGUGCUACAUUGCCAUAUCCAGGUACAUUUAUAAAUCGAGCAAACAGUUCAUUAGCUCAUCGAGCAGAAAGAGAAAGCAUAACCAAAGCAUCAGGGUUGUAGUAGCUGUGUUCUUCACCUGUUUCCUGCCGUACCACUUGUGCAGGAUACCCUUCACAUUCAGCCAUCUGGAUAAACUGCUGGAUGACUCUGCACAUAAAAUCUUGUAUUACUGUAAGGAAAUGACACUGUUCCUGUCUGCAUGUAAUGUUUGUCUAGAUCCAAUCAUUUACUUUUUCAUGUGUAGAUCGUUCUCACGAAGGCUGUUCAGGAAAUCAAAUAUGAGAACCAGGAGUGAGAGCAUCAGGUCUCUGCAGAGUGUCAGGAGGUCCGAAGUGCGCAUCUACCACGAAUACACUGACGUCUGAGCUCCCCGCGCACGGACUGGUGCUGAUUGCUGAGGGUAUUUGUACAGCAUGUAAAUAAAACCUGUCUUUGGGUAUUGGACCACAGAAGUGCAUUGAAAGUGUACAGACAUGUACAGCUCUGCCACUGCAGCUCACUAACAUCUAUCUUAACUCAAAAUUAUAAAUACACACACAGACUGGGUUCACUUCAGAGGCAUUUGGGUACAUUUGCUUUGUUGUUUUGUUUCUUAAGACCAGCAGAAGCCAAAGAAAUCCCAUAUAAGUAUCCUGUAACGUAAAGAAUGUUCCCAUUAACCAAGAGGAGCUGCUCUCCCCCAGCUCAAGGCCCAGUGACAACUCCAGCUCAGUAACCUUCCUUUGCGUUUCAUUUCAUUUUUAAUUCAUUUUUUACUCCUACUGAUCUUCGAUCAGUUCUUCCUUCCCACCUUCUUGCAGAGUUUAGACAGUAAUGUUGAUAUUUUCACCCGGACUAUUUACUGUGAGCACAAGCAACAUUGCUUAACAACCAAAAAAUGGAUUGUACUGGUGGCAGCAGACAGAAGCCAGGUUAAAGGCAGCACCAGGAGGAGGAGGUGGCAGCAGCAGCGGCAGAGCAGAGCAGGUGCCUGAGGGCAGUGCCAUGGCACCCAGAGCCAUCGGCGGGUCUCCUGGUGAGCGCAGCGAGGUCAGGCAGCAGGAAGCCAUGAACACCCACCUGGUGGCACUGCCAGCCGAGCUGCAGGCUGGGAGGGCUGCAGGACAAUCCCUAAUGCGCGUCAGCCCAGCCACAGCACAUCCCCACCAGACAUCAGCACAAACCAAACGCCCUCCUGGUCCGUCUCUUCUCAAAGAAGAGCCCCAAACACCCCCAUAUUUCUUCACCCUUUGCUUCCCUCAGUGAGGGUACCAAAACACAGCUCUCAGCAGCCCUGCAGAGGGCAGGGCCCAGCACUACCACCAUGCCGACGGCGCACUUUCACAGCACUACGCCUGCUUAACACAGCAUGAACAAGACAAGGGCUUCAUUCUUUAAGUUAUUUUAGCUUUAUGUACUAUUUUAUAUAUAGCUUAAAACUUCAGUGCGUUGUACAUAAUACAGAUAGCACAUACCAUAUAUAAUCAUACAUAGCAUUUGGAUUAAAUCAAUGGAUUAAUGCAAACACUACAAAACUGACACUGCUUGGGGGAAGGGGUCACUUCUGGAAAGGAAGGAAGAACACUCCCAAUAUUUACCCCAUUUAAAACACAAAUAGUACAGUUAGCCAAAAUAACACAGAACAAACCCUACUUUAGCCCUAUAGAAAAAACUACACUCACAUACACAACACCAAAGGCAAGUUCUGGGGCUGCAUUUGCCAUUCUGUGCUCUUAAAGUCUGCACGUACAUGAAGCACGUAAAGCCAUAUUAAGAGAACCACUUCUGUGACUGAGCUGCAUGGUUUAAAUUCUCUUCAGCUCCACAUUAGAUGGAACAGCACGCUGCUGGCUUGGCUCUGCGGAACAGCAAGGUCAGUGUGCACACCAACGUUAGUAACCAAACACCUUAUCAUGUCCUAUAUGGUUAAAGUGACGCCCAACGCUUCUGUCUCCUCUUUAUGACACAAGUAACAGGGAAGCACGGCAGGCUGAUGGCUCCUCAGACGCACCAUUACUGCGCUACAUUCUCCGCCCCUCCUGCUCUCCUCUCUCCACCUGUGCUUCCUUCCAGCACACUGCUCCUGCCCUCUGCAUGCACACCGGCUGCUGUUUCUCACUACCUCACCUGUUUUUACCUUAUGCAUUCACAUUAGCUUUCCUCCUAGAAGAUGCAGAACUGCCAUUCCCCAAGUAAUGAUUUCAUACCAAAAUGAUCUGUUACCCAAAGCACUGCCACCAGGGGAUGCCCUCUGAUGAAAGCUUCACGACGCCCUUUCCAGAAGGCCAAACAGAUGAAGCAGCAGUGCCUGGGGAAGGCAGAGGCCCCAGUCGCACUGCGGAGCGGUGUGCCCACCCUGCAUUUGGAGGAUGCAUGGAUAAGCAAUGCGGGCACAGGGCGGCCAGGAUGGCUCUGCUCCAGAGCCCAGCAACAGCAACACGGUCAGCACUGUUCCAUAAAACUGCCUGUUUACUUUAUCUUGACAGGGCGUAUCUGUGAUAAACAUUUCUCACUACAACUUACACUCGUGCUUAUACAACAGUUCUACAGUUCUUGGAAGAUGCUGCUUGGAAAAUCUUUUCCCAGGACUAAAAAUGAGUUAUAAAAGAAAAUCCUACUUUUAAAGUAUCAGAUAACUAACUAUAAUGUCUGCAUUUUACAGGGAAUUUGGUACUUAAAAGCCUUCUCUUCCUGAGAAGAAAUAGGCCUGAUCACAGCACUGCUUCACCAAUGCCCACUGCUGCAACAAGCUUUUUCUGGACUGUUGGUAGGAAGCUGCAUCAGUCACCAUUUGGUUUGCAUGGCCUGAGGACUCACUUUCAGACAUAUCCUUUUUCACUUCCCUGUUCUGAGCUACCAUUCCUCUUUAGGCCUGUUAUCUGCUUAGGUUAUUUAAAUUGCUGCAUUUUUAACUAAGCCUCUGCUUCUGACCAAAACAAAUUUCAUAAGCAGUAAAGAGGUUAGUAGGAUCAAACAAUAACAAUUUAGAAACUGUUUUUGUUGUUUUUCACCCAAAUUGGUCUAUUUUUGACACAUGGAUGUACUUCAGCACACACUACUCCUUAUCCUGUGAUGUAACUUCCAAUGGCACAGCAUUAUUUCCCCUCACAGCCCACACAGUGCUACACAUGACUCAUUCCCCACUCUUUCAGCCAUAGCUCUGGUGUUCCUUAUUCUCUGUACUGUGCCCAAGUUCUUCGUGAAACGAGCAGUUAUAGGAACAGCAUCAGAUGCUGACCUAAGCUGUGCCCUUGGGAAGCAGGACAGGACAGGCACACACCUGAGUUUGGAUCACGCAGAUUGGGACUGCUGUGUUCUGCAGGACACCCCACAGAGAAGGUCUUCCAGGUGGAAGUAUGACAGCAAACCAGACCCAAGAAAGCAAGGAGGACACUGUUAGUGAACACCAGUGAAAGUUUUCACUGAAGAAGUCCAGCAUUGUGCUGUAAUUGAUAGUGCUGCCUGAACUGCUGUGGAAGGAAUGUUUCUGGGGAUGUACUUCAAGACAGCUCCAGAACACCAUCUGUGCAAGACUCGUGGCACUGCAUGCAUUGUGUGCUUUGCUUUUGAGAUUACUCUGGCAACCACCUUUACCAUGACUUCCUACCACUGCAGCUUCCUGGGCUCCUUAAAAAAGCAAAGUGAAAUUCCCAAAUGUUCUGAAGAUGUCUGUACUGACACACACCAGAGCCUUCUCAAGCAAGCCUAAUGGUGCAACCACCGCAGCCCCUGGGCUUACUGAGAUUCACAGCAGUCCCAGCACCCACACCCUGUGCCACGAGCACCAGGAUGCUUCACCCCAAGCCACAGCCAUCAGAGCACAGCCAUAACCUGGCUGAAUUGGAGACACAUCCUUGUAAGGCCUCCCAAGGCUAUUCUACAGUGAUGCUGAGGCACUGAGCAGCCAGCAUGGCAAUGCUGGGCAGAAAAUAUUUGCUGGCACGCUUUGAUAGCUUAAAACAUGCAUUCAUAAGUCCUGCAGUGCCUUCGUAAUCAGCAUGAGUUCUAGGGGGAUUAUUCUAGAAAAAUAUUUAUCUUGUUCAUUCCACUUCAGUCUGUUCACAGCAACUGGAUGUAAAUACACACUGUCUAUGCGGUUUCAUGUUUGGUUGGAUUCGAAGGGUUUGACAAUGAAGCAUAGACCUCUAAUAAGAUUAGGGUAUAUUGUGUACGUGUGGCAACAGUUUGGUGCAGUAAAGUACAUUUAGAAAAGAUCAGAUCUCAGCCUGAGAGCCCCACUCCUGUUCCCAAGGGCAGCAGAGCUACCAGCCCAGCUUUAACUUCUGCCAGCAGCCACCAGCACGAGGACCGCCUGGCCACCACCACAGCCAGCCCCUCUGUAACCAGCUGAGCUCCAACAUCAUGUCAGUUUUCUCCUGUUUCUGGCUAUGAAAACACAUUCUCUGGUUCUGAUGUAGAAGCUGAUCAGUAGGACUAUAAAUGCAGUUUCCUUUCAUAGGCACUGAGCUCACAAACCUCCAAAUUAUUUUCUUAAUAAAAGAAAAAUGACUAGACCAGGAGUUUUGGAGUUCAGGGGAAGAAAAAGACUUAUAUGGCUAAGGGUGAAAUAUAUUAUCCGUUGUUCUUAAGCCACCAAAAGCACGUGAUAUACAGAAGGAAUCUUUCUGGCGAUCAUGCUUAUCACCUUCUGACCCUUUGGAAAUAACAGCUGUGUCUGCAGAUCCUUAUAUAUUAAAAUUGGCUGGCAUUUUGGAAAAAUAUCCAUGUUUGCAUAAUGAAGUGACCCUUCAGUCUGCCCUGAUGUCUGGAAUCAUUCCGAUGGGGUGAAACUGCACACAGAGCUGAGGCUUCCCGCCCGCCCUCUAAGCUCUUAAUCCUCUCCCCCUGAACAAAUGAUUGCUUCUCUCUGAAGCACGCAAAAAAAUUAUGUGUGCCGUAACAUUUAAUCCAUCAGAGUGGCAGCCUGCACUUGAAAACACAGCAUCCCUCCUUCCUCCGGGACCUCACAUACUCAUGCAGAGCUGCACACUUCAGUCUUUUACUGAAGGCAGAACUUCUUUGGUAGCUUUAAUGUAAACAUUCUGGCAAGCUUUAACCACAACAACAUUGCAAACCAAGAAGUACAGCCAUGCCAUUAAGUAAUUCUACAAUGACAUACUUCAUAAUACAACAUACAACACAAAGAAGUCAUCUCCAAAGCUGUUCACCCUUGGUUUCUGUUACUUGUCAGCAUAUGAUCAUGUUUUAAAAGAACUUCAUACGAAUGGCUGCGAAGCUUGAACUGCCCUCUCUGCAUCAUGAGCCCUGCACAGCUUCAGAGAAACCAACCAGAAUCCACACGUUCCAUUUGCCAACUGGUGUCUCUGAGUGCACUCAGCCUACUUAGCACUGCCUUCCUUUUCCAGUAUUUGCUGCCUACUUGCGAUCUUCAGAGAGGAAGGCCAACAAUAUUUCACUUCUGCUUCCCUGGCAAGUAGUUCUCUGCUUCUACUGUUCUACUUCUAACAAUAAACAACGUGAAAAAAUAAUAAAGUAAAGCUGGAGUAAGAGGGAGAAUCAUUAAUAGGCUGAAAACAGGAUGGCUCUUUAAAGCCGUUGGAACAGCUCCGAACAUUUAGCAUGAAAAGGUCCUUUUCAAGGGUUGUUUUUAAGCGUUUCCUCCUUUAUCUCGGUACAUUUAACUCAUGCACAAGAUUGUGUUCUUUACUCACUAUGAAAGGCAAGCACUGUCACCAAAUAUUUCCUUUUGGGUAAUAAAGUCAUGCUGCCCAUUCAAAGAGUCUCCCUCAGCUUACUUCAAAAUACGUAGGGUUCAACUGCCCAGAGAUAUUUGGCAAAGCACAGGAAAGAACCCGUGGCUUUGCAAGAACUAAGUGACAACACAGGAUUUCAAUCUAAAAAAAUACAGAUCUGUGUCCUUCUAUGAAGAACGAAAUUGAGAUUCCAUUCAAAGGCAGACUGCAUUUAACACCAUUUUCAUAGUCUCCUUCUGAGGAUUCAAACCAAUGUAUGUAAGCAGAGCCAAACAAGAACUGCUACAAACGCAUGUUGUUGAGUUUGGGUGGGCAGUGCUGGGGAAGCGGUAGGACCAGCCCUCAGGGCUCACCUCUAAGUGUGCCUGCGUGCAGAACAAGCACAUGGUAUUCCUUGGAGUUCUGCUCUGCUCUUCACUAAGUCACAAAUAAGCAAAUGAGCUUUUCUAAAGCAAACCUGGAUCUCCAAUAUUUCAACUGGUGAAAAUCAACUGCAGUAUCAGAUUGCUCACAUUGUUAUUUUGAAAUCUUUUGUCUAAAUCAGCUGUUUAAGAUAAAUAUGGUGCUUGCAUUGUUUUCUUCAGAGAAAUAGUCCCAACAAAACCACAAUUUGUUAAACAUUCACUCUCGCAACAUCAAUGCUGAAAGCACUCAUUUCCAGAUCUCUACUGUACGCAAAGUUGAGAAGUCAGUUCUGGCAGCGCUGCUCUGCUGCACACGUGUUGGUCAGCCCACCUUCUCAGCUAGGAAGCAGCAGCCAUGCCUGCCACAUCGCACAUCAGAGCUUCCCUUUACUGUUAGUAAAGGCUGACAAGAACAAGAGGCUUCACGUUCUGUUUCAAAGCAUUCUUUUUCUUUUCCUUUCAGAGGGUGGGACAGCAGCGGGAAAAGAGAUAGGAAGACACCCAAACCACCAUUUCACAGCAUCAAAGCCCCACUUCUAGUCUGCAGGAGGGAAACCGGUGUGUCAAGUGAGAUGCAAAGAAAGGAACCAAGUCCUAGAAAGUGCUGAGAACCCCUCUGCACACUUAGGAUUUUUUCAAGUCAGACAUCCCAAUUCAAAUUGAGCUCUUUGAGUGGAGAAUAACCUGCAAUCAAAACCCAAGUAUACAGAACACUGCUAUCAAAACUGUCCUAGAAUUCACCUCACACUGGAGAUCAGUGCCAGUUGAUGCCAGAUCAGCAUCAAUGCCACAGAGGCCUGCGCCCUCACAUCUUUGUGUACUGUAGAACAUUUCACCCACAUGCUUUCAUGAAAAGGCACAAGUCCUGUCCCACUGACAAAUGAACCUCCUGACAGGUAACUCCAUUCAUAAUUAGAGAUGGCAACUGUGUUAUCCUAAUGUCCCUACUGCUUCAGCAUGUGCAGGACUGGCAUAUCAUUCAAGCAAUUCCUGCAUACAGCUUCGUAGUCCCAGAGCCUGUCCUUGAUACCACUGCAGUGAUUUCAUGUAUACCUAUGCUCCUACCUGCACAAAGCCAGGAGUUAACCCAGCACAGAAAUCAGAAGGUUUCUCCAUUAAGGAUUCUUCCUUGGAAGAGUAGGACUCACACCCACUGCCAUGGUUUUCCACUUCUGUGCAUACUUAGAGGCUUAGGGCAUCGGUUAUCAGCAUGUUAGGGCAGCUGGCAGGGAAGACAGCACUGCACUGCUGAGAUGAUUGCCAGAUGUGAUGUUUCCAGGAAACCUCUGGUUGAUAAAGAGAAUCAUAGAAUAUCAGGAAUGGGAAAGGACCCUGAAAAAUCUUUGAGUCCAAUCCCCCUGCCAAAGCAGGAACACCUCAAUCAGGUCACACAGGAACAUGUCCAGAAUGUCUCCAGAGGAGACCCCACAACCUGAUUAAAUUAAACUUUAAACAUAGCAGACCAACCCCCUGCAGCAAGAUAUUUGAUGGACAACAAUUUUGAGAGAUAAGGAAUAACUUCAUGGACUGAUUAAGACAUUGUAGAGCACAGAAUCUGAGUUUGUGGAUUUUAUGACUCUAUAAAGGGAAUUCUUCAAGCAAAGCAGGCGAAAGUUUACUGUUCUGAAUUUAUAAUAAAAGGACAACAGAUUCCCACGAUUUAAGGCUUCCAGAGCUCCUUUCAUUGAAAGAGAAAAGACAGUAUGCAGCUGUGUACAGAACUCAACCGUGACUAUUUCCUGAUGUUCACUUGGUUAUUACCUAAAGGAGUGCAUCCCAGAGAAAACUAAGAUUUUCUCCCUUUAUAUAUCAAAUUAAAGAGAAAGCAUGAGGCAUUUCUCCCUGUGACCACAGCAGUGACACUGCUCAGAUGAGCAGCUCAGGCUGAGGAAAAGGGCCCUGCAGACACUGCUGUCUGACACUGGUAACGUGUACGUGGAAGAAGAGACUUCUGUUCUUGCAGACAUAAGAGUAACCCCGAUGAGUCUGUGGACGUUCUGCAGUAGAAGAGCCAUUCACAACAAACCAGGUUCUCUGGCAGAGGGAAUCCCAAUUCCGUGCCACAUAACAAAGCUUUUACCCAACACAGUGCACAGUUGCCUGUGCUGCACGUGGAAAACACAGAGUUAGCUUGAGGCCUUUUGUGACUGCCUUUCAAAAUCCCUUCUCUUGGCAGACCACGCUUUUCUACUCCCUCUGCAAGGAUUUCAUCUAGACAGAAAUAGAAGAAGAUCGCUUACUUCAGUUUUAGGUUUAGAUGAGGAAGCUAUCGGAAAAAGCUUGCUGUGAGUCACAAUGUGAAAAUUGUCCCUGGUCCCAAAAGGGAUAUUGAGGCUACUGCUACUGGGAAAGAAGAAAAUAAAAUUUAAAAACAAGAAAGAAGAAAAACAAAUAAAAGUCUCUAUAGAAUUAACUACAAAGCCUGCCUCAGAGGGCCACAGGCUUGUAAAGCCCUUCUAUCCCACUUCUCACUUCCCAGCCCCAAAAAUACAUGACAAUAGGAUAGAGGGAAAGAGAUGAAAAACUGAUUGCAUGCCUCCUUGGAAGCAUCUGAGAAGCCUGCUGUGCUUGGUCCUAAGCUGGUGCAGAAUAUCCACCAGAGGAGGACAAUUAGGGCAGCACUCACCCCACCGCCCCGCAGCAAGGCUCCCUGCCCCAGCAGUGCAACUGAGGCAUGGCUCAGGGCUGCCCAGACCCUGCAGCUCAGAGCAGCCCCACAGCUCAGGCAGUCCUGGCUCCUGGCAGCAGGGCCCUACAGCCCAGCAUGCACCAGAGCAUGGGCUGGGAGCUGCAGAGCUUCCCAAUGCUGCACCUGUGUUGGCCUUCACAAAACUGACAGCCUGGUCUACCACCAAGCCUGCACAACACACAGGAUCUGCGUCACAGGACCGCAAACACAGGUGUAAAGAUGGAAGAGUCUGUACUGCCACUAAGCUGCCCUGCUUACCACAGGAAGCCAGGCUCCAACCCAGGACACAUGCAACGCCCCUCAAGUUCUCUUUCUGCUUUCUGACCAAUUAAAGAUAAUCUGAACUUUCCUGAAACACUCAUUGGUUAAAGCAAGGAAACAUCCCACAACUGCCAAAAGGAAUUGCUUUCUCCUGGGCCCCACCUGGAAGCCUGGCACUC